GCUCAGGUCACAUGUUCCAAUGUUUGCUAUUUGCCUGAGUUGAUCACUAGAGCCGCCGUGAGGCUUUUAUCACGAAUUGCCGACGACACCGCGCGCGCCGGAUAAGAAAUUCACGUCGAUCUAUUUGGAUUGUUUAUCAUUAACAGAUAUAGAUAUCUGUGAAGUGCCUCCUCGGAUUGUACAAUAUGAUUUCCCUGUGGGACSGAUGGCAUUCCACUAGAUGCUGCCUGUGCUGUCAUGUCCGCACGGGCACAGUUAUCCUGGGGGUUUGGUAUAUGCUGAUCAAUGCGGUGGUGUUGCUCAUCCUCGUCACGGCCCUGGGUGAUCCUGACCAGUACCAUCUGACCAGCGCUGAGCUGGCUAACGACUUGGAUGACAUGGAUGACGCCAACAUGUGUAUUGCUUCAGCGAUCUCGUUGCUGAUGAUACUAAUUUCUGGGAUGGCGACCUACGGUGCGUAUAAGCAACAUGCUGCUUGGAUCAUCCCAUURUUCUGCUACCAAGUCUUUGACUGUGCKCUGAACACCCUGGUGGCUGUUAGUAUUGUGGUCUACCCCAARACCAUACAAGAUUACRURCAACAGCUGCCUGAGAACUUCCCCUACAAAGAGGACAUCAUGGCCAUGAGCAAUGUGUGCCUGGUCUUCAUCGUGCUCCUCUUCAUCGGAUGCAUCCUCACCUUCAAAGCAUACCUGAUAGCGUGUGUGUGGAACUGCUACCGGUAUGUGCGUGCAAGAAGCACCACAGAAGUCCUGAUAUACGUCACUACUAAUGACACCACGGUACUGUUACCCCCAUACGAUGACACCAUGGCUAUUCCAUCAUCCAAGAACGCUCCUCCCCCCUACGGGGCACCCUACAUAGCAUGAAGAACCUGGGACGCUGUUCUGCUGACGGACUGGACCCCCUUGUUACUACAGCAGCCAGACCUGGGAAACAAAUAUUAUAUGUUUUCUUUCCAAUACGUUAUGCAUUUUAUAGUUGGCAUUUGAUAACUGUCACACUGGGUGUGUAGUGUUAGCAGUAUUUUAAUUAAAAAAAUAUAUGUUUUGUAAUAAUUUGA